CACUGAACAAGCAUUUCGAGCGAUUCGAUUGGAAAAACGGGAAAAAUGGACCGUCGGAAAAAUUAGAAAAAACUAAUCGCGAUGAGUGCGGACUCGAUUGUAGUGAAAAUACCGAGUUAACUGUGCGAAUACGCAACGUGUCGUUCAGAAAGCAGAUUAAAAGAAAACGCCAAAUAUCCUGGCCCACGCAGGAUAGCUGUGAGAAGCAAACGAAGCGAGGAUUAGAAGGAGGGGGAGAAGUGGCAGCAGGACAAGAAGAAGAAGCAGAAGGCGGAGCCGCAUCUGCCGCAGUCAAAACACAAGAGGAAAUAUCCAACAAAACCGAGACAAAAAGUGCAUUCAGCGGAGGGAAAUGUGAAAUGUGAACGAUGUUGCAACGUCGCGCUACUUGCAUUGCCAAGUAAAAGCAAAGCAAAAGCAAAACAAAGCAAAGCAAACGCAGGAGCAAAACCAAAGUCAGAACAAACAAAAUACACAAAGUGAGUGAGAGAGAAAGAGAGAAGGGAGAGGGAGUGUUUGGCGUAUCUGUGUUUCGAACAGUGCGUUCUCGUGUGUGUGUGUGUGUGUGUGUCCAACAAAUAAUCGUUUAAUUUCCUUCGAUUUAGCAAUAACAAAAAUCAAAGAGAGCGACUGAUUUUCCAAACCAAGGGGAUGUCCUCUCCGCCAGCAACCCCCCGCCCCCUAAGGUCAUAGGUCACAAGCCAGGAGUCAACCGAACCGAGCGAGCGGCUUACUAUAAGUGAAAGGCAGGCGGCAAAAGUUAACGAACUUGCCACUGGGGAGCAGACAGUCGGCAAACGGAUUACGCACAUCCUGGAGAGCACUCUUGCUCCAACCACAAUGUCUAAGCACACGGACAACGAUAAUCUGCGCAAUGACAUCUACGAAAAUCUGCCCUGUCAGGCGAUGUACAACGAUUCGGUGCGCAAGAUGCAGCAGCAGCAGCAGCAGCAGAAUGCAGUGAGUAACAACCAAAAUGCCAACUCCAUUGGCAACUGCAACUCCACGCCGGCGAUAACCAAGCCAGCCCAAAGCAAUAUGCCCAAGGAGAUGUUGUAUGCCACACCUCUGCGCAAAUCGGAUCGCUAUAAGAGCGGCGAAAGGAGUCGUCAUGUGGUUACCACAGGAAAUCCCGAAACGAAGCUGUCAAACUUCAGGGACUCCAAUCGCCUCGCCAGUGCUCGCAAUGGCAACCCCGUUCAGGUCACCGAUCUAGAUGCGGACGAGGAGGAGGCCAAGGGCGAGGGUGUCGGUGUGGACAUCUGUGCCUCGACCAGCGCCUCCAAGUACAGCAAUCAGCCCACGGGUGGUGGUGGUGGUGGUGGUGUUGGUGGCACACCCAACCAGCACCUGGAGGAUCGGCGCAUCCUCAACUUCCUCAAGGACACCACACAGCUGCAGAAGAAGCUGGAGAUCAGCGGGCGCGAUUGUCCAAAUGCCAGUUUCUCCAACUUGGCGCGCGAGGAGCACUUUGCCAAUCUGGUGCAGCAGAAUUUCCCCCAGGAAAUGGGCUCUCAUCCAUUGAAUGGUGAGGCCAAUGGCGGAUCAGCGCCAGAGGAGGAUGGUCAGGAGGCGGCCGGAGGUGGAGCCAAGCCGCAGAAUGCCGAGGACACAGAUGGCAACCUGGAGGCUCUGAUGCAACGCAAGGUGUCGCCGGACAAGGAGGUCAAUGGUUUGGUGCACAGUGGCGGAGUGGAACCAAAUAAUCGCAUUGUGAGCACCGUUUACAUUCAUCGCGAGUGGGUGCUGAAGAAGAUUGCCCUGUGUCUGGAGCAGCGAACGGCGGGCAAGAAGCCAGUGCCAGUAGCCUUGGGAGCAGCCUCCUCCAGCUAUGUAUCCGCCAGAGCAAAGGCGGCAGCCGUGUCCAGCUCCAGCUACAAUGGCUGCCUGGUCUUAGGGUCAAAUGGCUCCGGCAAGACCUCCAUUUGCCAGGCCAUCAUGAAGGGCAACUCCGGCACCAAGGGCAUACUCAACCGAAAGCUGCUGGCCUGCUACCUCAUCGAGUCCCAGAAUCCCGAGUGCCAUAGUCUAUCGCUGUUCAUGCGUAAGAUUGUGCUGCAGCUGCUCAGCCAUGCCUCGUUGAUCAGCCGGGACGAGAGCCAGCGCAUCAUCGACGAGGGUUUCUCCUUUCUGCGCGAAGAGGCCCAGCAGCAGGAGUUCAAGCUGGACGAGGCCAUGAACAACAUAAGUCUGAGUGAGAAUGCCGAGGAGCUGCUGAUUGAGGAGCUGAAGAGGGGGGCCAGUGAAUGCGACACUAAGGAGCUGGACAACUUCCAGUCGCAGCGUACUUCCACGGUUAACAAGGCGGCGUCGGCCAGGACGAGUCUCACACGUCAGCAAUCGGAGCCGGCUCCUUUGCAAAGUGUCCUGGCAGUGGAUGCGGAUGAGAAGACCACCUGUAACUAUGGCACACAUCCACCGAAGAGAGCCUCCCGAGAACGAGCAGUUGAUCCCGAGCAGGACAAGGACAUGGGCAGCGAGAAGGAGCAGAAGCUAGCGCAGGAACCAAGGGAGCCUGUCAAGGCAAGUCCCGCCAAAACCAAGUCAAAGAUACCCGUCAAGCGGGGACGUUCUGGCAGCGGUGUGCUCUCGCCCUCGAAACUAGCCACCGUCAGCAAUGGUGGUCAGUCCAUCCAACAAGGUGGUGGCGAGGACAUAGCCGAUCUAAAUACAGACCAGGAAAAGCACGAAAUCGAAGCGGCCAUCAAGGAUGAUAGGGUUGAAGAGCCACCGAGCAACAACGAAGACAAAGAGGAGGAUAAGCCCGAGGUGGACAAGGAUCUAAAUGAGAUCCUCAAAGAGGAAUUGGAUAAAUCGAUAAACGAGGAAGGCAAGGAGGUGGAGUCCAAAGUGGAGAGUGCAACCAAUAGCAGCGCUGAACCCUUGAUUGACUUCGCAGAGAACAAAGCCAAUGGCAAACUGGAGGAAGUGCAGCAGGCACCGCCGCCACUGCCAGGUGACAAGCCCAGAAUGAGCACCAACACUUUGCCACCACCGCUGCCCAAGACCAAAAGUUGUCGCACCAUCAUAGCCGAUGGAUACUAUGAGCUACUGCUCUCCAAUCCGGAGAUCCUCGAGUGCCUCAGCGUGGACAGCAUCGAAAAGAAUCCCGAUGAGUGCUUCAAAAAGGCCUUUCUGUUUCCCCUCCUGGAACUCACUCCUCCAAAGACGGCUCUACUCCUGCUGAUCGACUCCAUCGAUGAGAAUUACAUAAACGAGGGCAACCUGAUCUCCACUUUGAAGGGCGGCAGGGGCACGGCCACCAACCACGAAAGUCGUAAUGUGGCCGAGCUCCUCUCCAAUCACAUCCACCUGUUUCCCAAGUGGCUGUUUCUGGUGUGCACCACCAAGAAGCAGACGAAGCAGAUCACCAAGAUGUUUACCGGCUUCAAGAAGAUCACCCUGGACGAUCUGCGCAAGUCGCAUGUUGUGAAGGAUGUGCAGGAGUACAUCAUCAAUCGGCUGAACUCGGAUUUCAAGGACAGUAUAAUGCUAACCAAGGAGAUAAUCGAAUCGCUGCAUCAGCUGUACAUCAAGUCGAAUGGCUGCAUUCUGUAUUUGGAGAAGGUGCUGCAUGGCAUUAAGGACAACUUUUUCAGUUUCCGGGAGAUCAAGCUGAUUCCCUGCACUCUAAAUGGCCUUUACUUGUACAUCUGCCAGAAGUCCUUUAAUAAGAAACAGUACAUGAAGAUCAGACCUCUGUUGAACGUUCUGCUGGCCUCCUCGGGCUAUGUGGACAAGCUCUUCCUUUUCAAUUGCCUGCGCACACACAACUACACAAUCGACUGUCAGGAGUUUGAGAAGCGUUUGCAGCUGAUGCGCAACAUCCUGGCCUACGACUCCAAUGCCCAGCGUCUGAAGAUCUUCCACAACUCCUUUGCCGAUUGGCUGGUGGACGUCAAGUUCGCCACCAAGAAGUUCAUCUGCGAUGUGAACGAGGGUCAUGUCAUGAUAUCCAUGUAUUACCUGCUCGUAGCGGACACUCUCUGUGCGAAUACGGUUCGCAGGUUUGCCUACCAUCUCAUAAGAUCGGGAGAGUAUCUGACCAGUCGGCAUGUGGACCUGGAUCUCAUCCUGAUGCUCUUGGAAUCGCGACUCAAUCUGAGCGACUGUUUCUACACAAACCAAAUGAACUGCUGUGCCCAGUGUGAGCAUGAUUUCAAGUACGAUGUCAACUUUCUGCCCAAGACGCGGGCAAUGUUGGAGCGUUUCUUGUCCAGCGAGCUGAGCGAACCUUUCGCCCAGUUCCUGUGCGAUUUCUUCAAGCCCAGCCUGCCCACGGAUGCCAAGAUGCUGAAGCUGCUCAUUGAAACGGGCAUUAAUAACGCCGAGUCGCAGAACUCCUGUGAAUCCUCGCUCAUGUCGCCGGAGCUCUCUGAGAAAUCGCAAAACAUAGACUUUGAGCUGGCUGACCUGCUUUUGUCGAGUGAGAAGAGCUGCCUGAUGGAGACCCAGCGGGCUGGAAGUCCCUCGGAGCACAGUGAGCCACCGGCGGAGAGCCAGGAUGAGAAUGCCUCGAGCACGCUGCACCAGCUGUCCGAUUCGCACCACAUUGAACUGCACAAGGGAAAGGCUCUGAUCCACAUCCUGGCCAACGAUGGCAACCAUCAGCUGCUGGAGAGGGCGCUCAAUGCCUGCAAGAGUCCCAUUGAUCUGGAGAUCGAGGACUACAACGGCCAGACUGCCUUGAAUAUAGCUGCGCGGAAUGGACAUCUAGAGGUGGUCAAGCUGCUCCUGAGCUUCUCCCAGCCCUGCAACGAUGGCACUGGUCGGAUGAAGCGGGUGGAUGUCAACCAUGCCGAUCGCGAUGGCUGGACACCCCUGAGAUCCGCCUCCUGGGGCGGACACAGCGAGGUGGUGCGCCUGCUGAUCGCCCAGCCGGCCUGCAAGAUCGAUCUGGCCGACAAGGAGGGGCGCACUGCUCUGAGGGCCGCCGCCUGGAGCGGACACGAGGACAUCCUGAAGCUGCUGAUUGAGUCGGGCGCGGAUGUCAACUCGGUGGAUCGCCAGGGACGCACUUCCCUGAUAGCCGCCUCCUACAUGGGCCACUAUGACAUCGUAGAGAUUCUCCUGGAGAAUGGUGCCAAUGUCAACCAUCUGGAUCUGGAUGGACGCAGUGCCCUGUGCGUGGCCGCCCUGUGUGGAUCAUCUGGUUACAGUAAGGUCAUAUCCACUCUCUUGGACCAUGGAGCUAAUACGGAUCAGUUGGACAACGAUGGCAUGUCGCCUCUGCUGGUCAGCUCCUUCGAGGGCAACGCCGAGGUGUGCGAACUGCUGCUGGAGAACGCCGCCGAUCCGGAUCUGGCCGAUUUCAUGGGUCGCACUCCAUUGUGGGCAGCCUGUACGGCCGGACAUGCUACGGUAGUCAAACUACUGCUCUUCUGGGGCUGCGGCAUCGAUUGCAUGGACUCCGAGGGACGCACAGUGCUGAGUAUUGGCGCCGCCCAGGGAAAUGUGGAGACGGUGAGGCAGCUGCUCGAUCGCGGAUUGGAUGAAACGCAUCGGGAUAAUGCCGGAUGGACGCCACUGCACUAUGCCGCCUUCGAGGGAUUCCACGAGGUGUGCCUGCAACUGCUGGAAUCGGGGGCCAAGAUCGAUGAGUGCGACAACGAGGGCAAGACGGCCUUGCAUCUGGCCGCUCAGGAGGGACGGCUGCAGUGCGUCCAGGCCCUGCUGGAUAUCCACUCCAGUUUCGUGGACCAAAAGGCCCACGAUGGCAAGACUGCCUUUCGGCUUUCUUGCCUGGAGGGCCACAUGGACACCGUGGAGUUCCUGCUGAAGUUCUGCUGCGAUGUGAACUCUAAGGAUGCGGACUCGCGCACCACCCUGUACAUUUUGGCGCUGGAGAACAAGCUGGAGAUUGUCAAGUACCUGCUGGACAUGACCAAUGUGGAUGUGAACAUUCCGGACAGCGAGGGCCGGACGGCUCUGCAUGUGGCCGCCUGGCAGGGACAUGCGGACAUGGUCAAGACCCUGAUCGAGGCGGGGGCGGAUGUGAACUCCAUGGACCUGGAGGCGCGAACGCCACUGCACUCUUGUGCCUGGCAGGGCAACCACGAUGUGAUGAACAUCCUGCUCUACUACGGAGCUCUGGCGGAUCAUGCCUGCAAACAGGGAGCCACUGCGCUGGGCAUCUCGGCCCAGGAAGGGCACGAGAAGUGUGUGAUCGCCCUACUGCAGUUCGGAGCCAAUCCCUACAAGUCGGACCACUGCGGACGAACGCCCAUCAAGCUGGCGGCCAAGUCGAGUCGCACCAGCAUCCUCAAGAUCUUUGAGAGCUACACCAAAAAUGAAGCUAGCAAUCCCAACGAACCCAAGUUCCAUGCCCAUGCCAGCAUGCUGAGAUCUCCGGACCAGCCGCCGGCACUGCCGCUCCACCAGAAUCUGGCUCCCUAUCCGGCGCACGCCUCCGCCACGUCGGUCUGCUCGGCGGCCACCACGGCCACGGUGCACAAUGGCAGCCACCUGCACGUGCUCAAUGCCUCCAGCUCCACGCACAGCUCGAACAACUUCUAUCAGAACACCAUGCAGUCGGAUACGAGCAGUUUGCAUAAGCGCAAGAGCGUCAUCUCUAGUCAGUCCACAGGCAGCAGCAAUGAUCAAGCGCCGCUUACCUUCACCCAGCAAUUGCAGCGACAAAGCAAACUCAGCUCACGCAACAAUCUGAUGGUAAACUCGAAGCACGCCUCCAGUUCAGGAGCAGCUGGGCACAAGUCCAGUGGCGGAGGCGGCGGAGGUGCCCAGCGGCACUCGCAGGUUCUGCCCGAUCUCAGCGAGCAUCAGCUUGCAACCAAUAUGACCAACGAGGCGGACAUGUACGACAUGGAGUGCAUGUCGCCACUGUAUGCCACGCCCCCACAUUCUCCCAGCAGCGAGUUGAGCUCACCCGGCCAACUACCAGGUCUGAAUGCCUUCGUGGACGAUGAGAGAGCCGGAACAAGCAGUGGCGGAGGGGCCAAGCUGCCGGAUAAUCACUUCGCCCGCGACACGCACAUGCGUAUUAUUCUGGGCAACCUCAAGGAAAACCAGCCCAGCUCCUCGAGCAAAAGCAAGCGCAGUGGGGUAUCCAGUAACCCGGCGAUGCGGCUCAUCCGCAGUCGCUUCGAUGCCGCCUCCCAGUUGAUCCGACGCACCAAUAACAUACUCUCCUCCAGCAGCAACCAGGGCUCCUCCAGCAUUGGCGUCAAGUCCGGCACGUUCCAGUGGCGCAAGGAGAGUCAAAUGUAAACGCAAGCACGGGAAAAAUAGCCGGAUUACAAAUUAAACUCACUCCUUUUACACACCAACCAACACCCACUUGCAUACUCAACCCUUACACCCAUAAUUUAUUUGAGUUUUGUAUACCAUUGUACUUUUUGAUAAAGUAUUUGUUUUUUGUGAUAGUUUCAAUUUUAGUAAACUUUUUUAAUAUGUAUUCUGAUUUAACUAAAUAUAUUUAGGCAUAUUACUACCCAUACAAAGUAGUUUAAGGCACGAGCCAAGUAUUAAGCUAAAACCCCAUAUAUAGAGUACUUCAUUACCAUUUUGGCAUGCGAAUUGUAGGCAGAAUUCUUCUUCAAAGUAGCGAAAAAACUAACGAAAUUUAAAUAGAUCACAACACGAAUGUAUACUUAAGAGGGCUCAGAUCACAACACUGUUCUCAGAAUUAAUUUAAAAGUAUUUAUUAAAUCACCUUGCAUAAGACAGAGCGCAAUGGCUUAUAAUUUAACGAUAAUAUAAUUUGAGCUGAAACCGAGCUUCCCAAAAAAUAAAGGGGAUAAAGUUCUGAAAGCCAUACUACUCCAAUGCGCAUUUAUAGGCGGACGGCUAUAGAAAUGUAAUUUAUUUAUACUUGCUACUUUAAUACUUAAUUACGCUGUUUGUCAAUUUUUUCAAAUGCAGUACCCCAAAGUACCAAAAACCCAUUAUCCAUUAUCCUUUCCCAUAAAGUGCUUUUAAUGGCACGCAAGAGAUCCAAGAGAAAUGAUUGAUAUAUGUGUAUUAUAUUGCUCGCACCUAAAACUCAAAACGGUCCGUUCCUGUACCUUAACACUUGUCACUAAUUUUAUGUAACCCUUAAGCCGGACUAAAAAACCAAUAAAAUAUUUUCUGAAACUCUACUCCCCACUGCAAAGCAGCAAAUCACAAUCACGCAGCAAACAACGCACUGGGCUAAAACCAAGGAAAACAAAACAAAAAUAAACGAAGAAAAGUCGAACAGCGAAAUAUGUUAAUGAACAGAACAGAACCUAAAUAAUUGUUAAACAAAACCUAUAAAAUACCGCAGAAUACAAUUGUUUAGAGAUACAUAAAUAUAUAUAUUUCAAAAGCAUAUUUACAAGUUACCAAUCAGAGUUAUUCAAAGUAUCAUAAUUAUAACCAGAUAACAGAUAACCGAACAGACUAAAAUACAAUCCGCAGAGAUACACACAUUACACACAAAAUGCAUGAGGGGUCGAAACCAAAGAUAAACAUUUACAUUUGGAAGUAAUAUACACAUGAUACCUAUACCUAACAUAUAACUAUAUAUAUGAGAAUAUGUACUUAUACAUUGUAGUGUUGUAGUUUUGAAAACGGUUGCGAUGAAUUAUUGACAAAAAUUGAUACAGGAACAUUUACAGAAAAUUCUGAGUGUGUUUUUGGAAGUUAAAAAACAAAAAAAAAACACUUUUUGAGCGAAGCGACGAUUAACGAAGCAUAUACAUACAUAUAUAACUCUGAAUCUGAAUAAACUGUAUAUUCAUACAAAUAA